UAUUAUUUCAUAUAUAUCUUUAUAUAUAUUACGCAUUAUAACCAAUAUCUUUUAAAACUUUUCAUUCUCAAGUUUCUGAUAUGAUAGCACACACUGAAAUUUUUAAUCUAUCUAUAUAACAUAAACAUACAUUUUAAACAAAGUAUGAUAUCUUAGGCUAGCUAACACAUAAAGAUGACAUUUCACUCUGUUACGCAAGUGAAUGCAAAAAGAUGAGAAAUAUAAAAAAUUCCAAAAAUUGUACUCCAUAUUCUGAAUAUUAUGAUAAUUUACUUGUUUUAUUUAUCAUUAUUCUUGAUAGAAUAAAUAAUAAAUAAGUGAAUAUAAUUUAUUACUAAAUUCGCGUUUUGUUCGGAGGUUCGAGCCAUGUAUUUGUUUUUUCCUACGCGCAUUUUCUUCCUUCCUGCUAUUAUCUUAUCUCCCUUUCUAUUUAUGUGCAAUUUAAAAAAUUACUAAUAUCUAGCGAAUCUCUGUACAAUAGAUAUACAUUACAGAAUAGUCAUAAAAAAAGAUAAUUAUGAAAACUAUAGGAGUAUAAGAAAAAAAAUUCUGUAGGUUUAUAAGCUUGUAGUCUAGUCAGUAAUAUUCAUAUUGUCGUCUGAAAUGGAGUUCCCUGAAGAGCGAUAUUAUGGACUAAAUCACAUUCUUUUAUCAAUAAUUGGUCUUUGGCCAUAUGAUAAUUUUAAAAUCAGAUAUCCCAUAUUAUCAUUAUUAAUAAUCAUAUCAUUUUUAAGCACUCAGAUUAAAGAAUUCCGGGAACAUGUUCGAAAUAAUUGGAAUGCUUUGAUAGAUAAUUAUGAAAUCGAAAUAAUAUGUAAACAUGGAAGUCUUGGCAAAUUAUUUACAAUAUUUUUAAUAGUAGAAUGUAUUAGUGAUACCUGGCUUAUUUCAGUAUCCAUUAAUAUAAUCAGCACUUCGUUUUAUGUUUUAUCUCAAUAUGUUUCAAUCUUACUCGAUAUUGUGUCACCUUUAAAUGAAUCUCGACCGCGCAAAUUUCUAAUUCCCGCGGAAUAUUUUAUUGACCAUGAGAAAUAUUUUUAUAUCAUAACAUUACACAUAGCUAUUGGAACGUUGAUUGUAACAUUCAGCGGAGUAGCUACUGAAUCGUUUUCAAUAACAAACGCAUUACAUGCUUUCGGCUUAUUUAAAAUUGCUAGAUUUAGUUAUCAUAUGAAACAUAUAUUAAACGGAAUUAAUCCGCAGAUAUGCGUAACUAAAAAAUAUGCCAUAUUUCAUAAAAGAAUAAUCGCUGCGGUGGAUUUUCAUAGAAGAGCAAUCGAGUUAUACUUAUAUUAUAUAGAUAAUAGUAAUACUGAAUGGUAUAAUGCUCCAUUAAAAACACAAAAAUUAAUACUCUUCUUAAUGCAAAAAACUACAAAAUAUUAUAAGAUUGAUGCCGAUGGUAUGUUUAGUCUCUGUUUGGAAGGUUUUUAGCUACAGUAUAAAAUCUUACUAAAUUAAUAUGUCGAUUUUCUAAUCAAUGACUAUAUCGAUUUAUUACAUAAAAUAUUUUCUGUUUUAGAGUUUAAGUAUGACAGUUUCUUAUUUCACGAUUCUUUAUUCUGUAUAAUUAUAAUAUCCAAAGCUGCAGAGAAAUAUUUUGUUACUACUU